AUGCCUGAAAAGCAUAAUAUUUACGCCCAGGAGCUGGGGAUAAAUCUCAACUCCGCCGACGAUACCGAGUACUUCAAAUGGUUUCUUGCCUGUUUGCUAUUCGGGAAGCCAGUCCAACAAGGUGUAGCAAAACACGCAUUUUCCAAGCUCAUGGACGAUGGUAUCACAUCGCCUGAGGCAAUCCAGGAGGCUGGGUGGGAUAGACUUGUGGAGAUUCUUGACGAGGGCCAUUACGUCCGCUAUGACUACUCAACAGCUACCAGGUUGCUCGACAUGUCUGCUGCACUGAAAGAGAAUUACGGCACCUUCGGUAAUUUACUCCAGGGCUGUGCGACAACAGAGGAAGUAUCGAGACGCUUGCAGCAGUUUAAAGGAGUAGGCCCAAAGACCGCGGAAAUCUUCUUGCGUGAUAUGGCUCCCGUUCUGAAGAAGGGCUAG